CAAGACAUACCCUGUCAAUAAUGGAAGUUUAUAUCCAAUUCAGCCUAAAAAAUUUGUAAUCUUCCCAUUAUUCUAUUCCUGCCUUGCUAAACACUCCCACCAAAGAUCAAACCAACCUUCUUUUCUUCCAUUUCUUUCUUCUUCUUCUUGCAUAUGAUCAAUGGCUGUAGCAAGCUUUUCUUCUCCUCAUAUCCUAGCUCAAAAUUCUGGUCCAGUUAUAAAGCCUAAAAGCAAAACCAUGAUGCUUAAACAGAGUAAAAUUCCACUCAAGAAAGCCCCUACACUUCAAGUCAGAUCAUCUUUCAAGAACACGGUCUUUGAGAAUCAAUCUGAGGGCAUAAUUUGUUACAGAGAUGAAAGUGGAGAGAUAAUUUGUGAAGGAUUUGAUGAAGGCCCUCGGUUUCAUCAACAGCUUCCAAGAACAGCCUAUCAUUCAACUUCAAGAGAUGCUGUAAUUAUCAAUCUGCUUCAACAAAGAUUGCUUCAAAUUGUUAAUGGCGGUGAAUUUAACAACUCUGACAAUGGAGUUGCUGCUGUGCAAGAAGACUUCAAAUGGAAUGGCUUUAACAAAUUCUGCUGAUCAGUGACUAACUCUUUCAUCAAUGUACUUCAAAAUAAUUUGUAUCAGUAUGGAAAGGAAAAGUAUUUCAUUUCUUACAAUACCAGAAUGUAAUUAAAUGCCCAGCCGAAACCCUAAUCAUAUUUCCUAUCAUUUUGUUUUCAAA